AUGUCUACGACUAAAAGGACGACAAGUAGUUGGCGUCAAUAUUUCUAUGUUGACAAUAAAUCUGGCAAUGCUAAAUGUAAAUAUUGCCCCAAAAUUUUAAAAACGUGCAGUAAUACUACCAAUUUAAAACAGCACAUGGAAAGGAAACACUCUGGUAUCAUAAGUAGUAUUGAAAAUAAAGAGGAUCAUACUGUCAAGUCGGGAAACAAUUCGCAGGAAGAAUCAAUCACAGACUUGUUUGCUAAGCCAUCGACAUCUACACGUUCUGAAGACUCUGUGAUUAUGAUACCGAUUAUUUCCGCAUCUCAAAUUGACGAUUCUGGAGAGUCUUCAACUUCUAAACGACAAAAAAUGGGCAUAGAAGCAUCCUUCUCAAAAAUAUCAGAAUUUGGAUCCGGGGGUUCAAAAAACAAACAGAUUACAGACGCUAUAGCAGAAUUGAUAUAUCGCGAUAAUCUUCCUUUCAGCGUAGUCGAAGGAGAAGGGUUUGAAAAAUUUAUUAAAUUACUUGCACCAUUAUAUAAAAUCCCAUGUCGCAAAACGAUAACCGGCAUCAUUGAUGGAAAAUACGAGGAGAAAAAAGCUAUUUUAAUCAAAAAGUCACAAUUCGUUACCAAUAUAUGUUUAACGAUUGACGAAUGGAAGGAUUUACAAAUGAAGAGCUAUCUGGGAGUAACUAUUCAUUGUAUCAAAAAUUUUAAGAUUGUUUCUUUCAACAUAGCUUGCGAGCCGCUUUCAGAGAGUCAUACCGCUGAAUAUUUAUCAACCACCAUUAAAAAUAUAUGUGAAAAAUGGGAAAUACCCGAUGAAAAAAUUGUGGCCGUCACUACCGACAAUGGUGCAAAUAUAGUAAAGGCCAUUGAAUUAGCAUUCGGCAGAUCAAAGCAUAUUCGUUGCAUAGCCCAUACAUUAAACCUUGUUGUGCAAAAUUCAGUCAUGGUGAAUGAAAUAAAAAUAUUUAUUGAUAAAGUUCGCAGAAUUGUACAAUGGUUCCAUCAGAGUGGAGUUGGUGCGGACCAAUUAAGAAAUUCGCAAAAGGCUGAAAAUGUACCGGAAGGAAAAAUUAAACACCUGGUAGAAGAUGUUUCAACGCGAUGGAAUUCACAAUUGCAUAUGCUUGAAAGGUUUAUAGCUAUGAGUGGGACGGUGGGCGGCAUUUUGUUACAUCACCCUAAUGCUCCUCCUAUGAUUCAAGCUAGUGAAAUUGCUGUAUUGAAAGAGGUCGUAAAAAUUCUCAAACCGUUUGAAAAAGUAAGCGAGGAGAUGUGCAGUGAAAAAUAUGUCAGCGCAAGCAAAGCUAUUCCCAUUAUAAUGUGCCUGAAACAGUUUUUGGAAAAAACAGAUUCUUUGCAUGAUUUGGCUAUCCAAUUAAAAAAUUCAAUAAUAAAUGAAUUUAAGAAAAGAUUUGAGCACAUACAAAAAGUUCAUUUAUUUAAUACUGCAACAUUUUUAGAUCCUCGUUUUAAAAAAUUACAUCUUGAUGACGGAGCAUCUUUGGCAAGAACUGUAAACUACGUUAGACGAUCCAUUGAAGAAAACCGAGAACCUGAGCAUUGCCCUCUGUCAAUAACUUCGGCCGCUGAUAAUGUCGAUAAUGAUGACAUUUGGGAGACCCACAACAAGCUGUUAUUGGAGACUAUGAGAACCAGUCAAAGUCACAGUCAGACAUCCGAAUUAAGCUUGUACAUAGCUGCGCCUCUAAUAGGACUAAAAGAAGACGCUUUAGAAUCCUGGAGAAGCUAUGAGGGAGUUUAUCCCCAACUCACACAGUUAGCGUGUAAGCACCUAUUGGUACCUGCUUCUUCGGCUCCAGCAGAGAGAUUGUUUUCGAAAGCUGGAAUUGAGAUGGAUAUUAAAAACAAUACGGCUCUAAUUGAAGCCCUGUUAUUAGAAGAGCUUCCGGACUGCGACGAAGCGUCUGAUGCAGGUGUGUCCGAUGAUGAAGUGGAAAAUGUUCAACUACCCUCGCCAAGAGGUUUCGAUGAAAUUUUUGAAAGAGCUAUAGAAGAUGUUUUGGCCGAAGUUCCGCCGUCGUCGCCGUCAAAUGAAGAUGUAUUGGAGUACCCAAUAAAUCAGGUACCCACAUCUUCAUUACCUGCACCUAGUGUUCAGCCUGAUCUACCAUCUGCAAAUAACUCUUCACACCGAACUAACCAGCGAUUACCCGAACCAAACCGUAAAUGGAAAAAGAGGGACCUAAGUACAUCUUUACCGGAAUACAUUGCGGAUACUGGAGUAGUAGAUGACUGGUUUGCUCACUGUACCACACCGACUGAUAUAUUUUUAGUAUUGAUUGAUGACAUUGUUGACAAUAUUGUAUACCAAAGUAACCUUUAUGCUACUCAGAAAAGCAAAGUAUUGAACCUAAAAAAAGAGGAACUCCUAACAUUUAUAGGUAUUAAUUUUUUUAUGGGUUACAAUACUCGUCCGGCGUGGAGAGACCACUACUCUUCGGCACCUGAUCUCAACAACGCGCUUAUUUGCAAGACUUUGCCUAGAGACAGGUUCGCUAUUAUUUUAUCUCAUCUGCAUUGCAAUGAUAGCUCCAAAAUGCCUUCAGGCUGCAAAGAUAAAUUAUAUAAAAUUAGACCAAUGAUUGAUGCACUCAAUAAAAAAUUUGAAAUGGUUUAUCAUGGUACUCGCGAACUGAGUGUAGAUGAGUCCAUGAUUAAAUUCAAAGGUAGGUCUGUCCUAAAACAGUAUCUACCUAUGAAGCCCAUAAAAAGGGGGUACAAACUGUGGUGUCUUGCUGACCAGAGGGGGUAUAUAAAGAAGUUUCAAAUUUACCAAGGGAAAGACGAAGAACUGAACACAAAAUUUACCGGCUAUGGAUUAGGAGAGAAAGUAGUUUUGGAGUUAACGGAACAAGAUUGGAGUAAGGGGAAGGUAGUUUACUUUGAUAAUUUUUUCACGUCUGUGGCUUUACUUGAGAAACUGAAAACUGAAAACACCUACGCAUGUGGAACUAUCCGAAGUAACAGAAAAGGACUGCCCGGAAAUAUGCUCGCUGAUUCUCAAUUGAAAAGGGGCGAUAGUGAUCAUCGAUUUUCAAAUUUAGACAUUGGAUAUUGGAAAUGGAAGGAUAAUAAAAUGGUUCAUUUAGUGUCUAAUUUUCACGGGAACGAAGAGGCAACUGUGUCACGUAAAGAAAAAAAUGGAACCAAGUCAGCCAUUACAUGCCCUAUAGCUGUCAAAGAUUACAAUAUGUAUAUGGGCGGCGUAGAUACAGCUGAUCGUUUGAGAGCCCUUUACUGUAUAGAUCGCAAAUCUCCGAAAUGGUGGCACAGAUUGUUUUGGGGUCUUCUGGACAUCGUAUUUGUCAAUGCAUAUGUCAUUCAUGGACUUAUAAUGGAACAGACUACCGUAAAAGAUUUUAGACGUUCUGUUACUCAAGGCUUGAUGACAAUGAAAGAUGCUAGUCAGAAAAGGAAGACUUCUACUGACAAUACUGCAAAAGGCGGCCCUUCCAAAAGACGCAAAUCUGACUACUCCACUAUAAAAGACGUACGCUUAGCCGCCAGAAAAAAGGAAUCGGAGAUUCAGCAGCUACACAUGAUCUAUAGCCUAUUGUCCUCCAAGACUCAGGACAAAGUUCCAAGCUGGGCCAUUUCUAAUUUAGAGGAGGUUUUGAAAGCACCACGCGCCACCGAACAUCUUUGUGAACGGAGGGAAGAAAUAAAGCCCGCACAAGAAUCCAAAAGCGACGUUCCAGGAGUCACUAAAGCCCGCCCUGGCAAGAAAAGUCAUACUCAAGCUAAUGAAGCAUCGAGUCAAGCACCAUCGCCUUCAGCCCCAAAAUUUAACUACUAUGGUGCACACCGAGAGUUGUUUGUAGUAAUUGUCCCAACUGCUACAAAAGUAAAUCACCCGUUGUCACUAAAUGCAACAAUUCAAUGGAACAGGUUAGAUUCUGUGCUGUGA